UAAGGUUAAGAACAACAACAAAUUCUUGAGAGUUCAUUCUAUCUCAACAUUCUGAGAUAGACUUGAACUUUCACUUUGUUGUUGUAGCAAUCCCCUUUACAAGCCUUAAUUUCUAGUUCAUUUUAAGAUUAAAAAACAACACAAGUAGUAAUAAUGGUGUUUACCGGAACCAUAGAGAAAUGCAAGGCUUGCGAUAAGACUGUUCAUUUCAUUGAAAUGAUCACGGCUGAUGGAAUUUCUUAUCAUAAGACCUGCUUCAAGUGCAGUCAUUGCAAUGGACUCCUUGUGAUGAGCAGCUAUUCCUCAAUGGAAGGAGUCUUGUACUGCAAACCUCACUUUGAGCAACUCUUCAAAGAGACUGGCAGUUUUUCUAAGAAAUUCCCAUCAUCCGGAGAAAAGAAAAAUGGACUGGCAAGGGCUCCUAGCAAAAUAUCCUCCAUGUUCUGUGGCACCCAAGACAAGUGUGCCCGCUGCAACAAAACUGCAUACCCUUUGGAGAAGGUAAGUGUGGAGGGAGAAUUCUAUCACAAAACAUGCUUCAGGUGCUCUCAUGGGGGUUGCUACCUUACACCCUCAUCCUAUGCUGCUCUUGAUGGCAUCCUUUACUGCAAGCCCCAUUUUGCUCAGUUGUUUAAGGAGAAAGGCUGCUACAAUCAUGUCAGAAAGAGUGCCUCAGUAAAGAAAAAUGAGGCAAAUGCACAAGAAGAGAAACCUGAAGAAGAAGAAUCCAAAAUUACAGUGGUAGCAGAACCAGAUCCAGAAGUAGGAACAGAAACCAACUCCGAGGAAGCCCUUGCACAAGAGCAAUCAUAAUCCAUAAGAAUGAGCAUGAUUAGUCCUCAAUGUUGUCCUUGUUCUUUUUCACCUCCAGCAGAACAUUGGAAUUGCUAGCCAAGGCUUAUUAUCCUUGUUCCAUUUUCGCUCCAUUGCAAGCAAUAAACAUGAACAUUUUUGUUUGAGUUGGGCUUGGAAGUUUUUUACAGUUGCAAAAUCAAUGGGGAAGUUUUGCUCUUUCUUUUUUAUGAUCAGGGGAAGAUGAAGGAAAUUGAAGUGCAGAAUUUUCUUAUGGUUAGGAAUUUUUCCAAAUGGAAGUCUUGUUGAUCCAAAUGUACGGGGGAGUGGCCUUUACAAGCAAUAAACAUGAUUUUGCUUUGUUGAA